AUGGCCAAGAUCUCACGUGGUGCCCCUGGUGGCAAGCUCAAGAUGACCCUCGGUCUCCCAGUUGGCGCAGUUAUGAACUGCUGUGACAACUCCGGCGCCCGUAACCUUUACAUCAUCUCCGUCAAGGGUAUCGGUGCGCGCCUCAACCGCCUGCCUGCCGGUGGUGUCGGUGACAUGGUCAUGGCAACGGUCAAGAAGGGAAAGCCUGAACUGCGCAAGAAGGUUAUGCCCGCUGUUAUCGUCAGACAGUCCAAGCCAUGGAGACGAACUGACGGUGUCUUCUUGUACUUUGAGGACAACGCUGGUGUUAUCGUCAACCCUAAGGGAGAGAUGAAGGGAUCUGCUAUCACUGGACCUGUCGGAAAGGAGGCUGCUGAGCUUUGGCCACGUAUUGCCAGCAACUCCGGCGUCGUCAUGUAG